AUAUAAAACUACCAACAAUUAUGUCAUAAUAGCCGGAGAAAGAGAGAGAAAGGCAAAACCCGCACCUCCACCUCAUCGAUCUCCUUGUUGGCAAACCAGAAAAUUCGUUCUACUCGAUCUUACAUUUUUUUUUUCUCAUUUCCUCUUUCUGGGAAAAUCAUAAGGAAAAUCCUAGAAAAUUCUACUGGCCUGCAUCGACCAUCGUCUCUCUAAUACGUUGGUUUAUGCAGGCUGUCUGCUAAUUUUAUUUCCAUUUCUUCAUAAUUCGCAUUUCCUUUUUGCAUUUCGCAAAUUCUCCCAUUUACUGUUCAAAUCCGGGGAAGAUUUUGAAUUAUAUAUACUGAUAGAUGCAGCAUAAUAUAUUCACUUCAAUGCGUAGCUUGAAGUUCAUUGAAGGGUGUAAAGCCACACAGGUUUAUGCCCUUAAUCCCAAUGGCACCGCAGCUGGAGGAGGCGGAGCCGGCUGCGGUGGUGUCGGGGAAAAGUUUCUGCAACACCUGCAAGACCUCAGAGUCAAUUCCGCUAGACCAAAAUCAAAUCGAACUUCUCAAACAUCGCCUAAUAACAUCACAAAUAAUAUAUCAGUUGAAAAUCUACUCCCUUCCGGUCUUCCCGACUCCGAUCUCCUCGAGCCGCAGAUCGAACCUUGCCUUAGGUAUGUUGAUUUUGUCCAAACUCUAGCGGAUGUAUAUCGUAAAAUUGAGAAAUGUCCCCAAUUCGAGAAAUCCGAGGUGUACAUAGAGCAAUGCGCGAUAUUCCGGGGUUUAUCGGAUCCGAAAAUGUUCCGACGGAGCCUCCGUUCGGCCAGACAGCACGCCGUUGACGUGCACUCGAAAAUCGUGCUGGCCUCGUGGUUAAGAUUUGAGAGGAGAGAAGAUGAACUUGUGGGUACAUCGGCCAUGGAUUGUUGCGGGAGAAAUCUAGAAUGCCCUAACGCUUGUUUGGUUUCCGGUUACGAUCCUGAAUCGGUAAAUGAUCCUUGUAUGUGUUCGAGGUCUCCUAGAGAAGAAUGCGAUGAUGAUAUUUCAAUUGGGGACAAUGAAUGUUCAACCUCCGAUGAAGACGGUGAUAUGUCGUUUUGCAUUGGUGAUGAUGAGAUUAGGUGUGUGCGUUACAAUAUUGCUUCACUUUCGAGACCGUUUAAAGCAUUGCUGUACGGUGGUUUUUCGGAGUCAAGGAGAGAGAAGAUAAAUUUCUCUAAGAAUGGGAUAUCGGCAAAAGGAAUGAGAGCGGUGGAGAUUUUUAGCAGGACGAAAAGAUUAGGUUCUUUCGAGCUGCCCAUCGUAUUAGAGCUUCUUUCUUUGGCAAACAGGUUUUGUUGCGAGGAAUUGAAGUCAGCUUGUGAUGCCCAUUUGGCAUCUUUGGUUUCAGAAAUGGAGGAGGCCAUGGUUUUAAUUGAGUUUGGUUUGGAGGAGACUGCAUAUCUUUUAGUUGCUGCUUGUUUACAGGUGUUUUUGAGAGAGCUUCCGAAUUCAAUGUAUAAUUCUGAUGUGAUGAGAUUGUUUUGUAGUUCAGAGGGUACUGAGAGAUUGGCUCUGGUCGGGCAUACUUCUUUUCUGUUGUACUACUUCUUGAGUCAGAUUGCUUUCGAGGAAGACAUGAAAUCCAAUGCAACGGUGAUGCUUUUGGAGAGGUUGGGAGAGUGUGCAAAAGAAGGUUGGCAGAAGCAACUUGCUUAUCACCAAUUAGGCGUUGUGAUGCUUGAAAGGAAAGAAUAUAAAGACGCCCAGAAUUGGUUUGAAGCUGCAGCUGAGGCAGGUCAUGUUUAUUCAUUAGUUGGUGUUGCAAGGGCCAGAUAUAAGCGUGGCCACAAGUAUUCAGCGUACAAGAUGACGAAUUCUCUGGUUUCUGAUUAUAAACCAAUUGGGUGGAUGUAUCAGGAAAGGUCCUUGUAUUGUGUUGGGAAGGAGAAGAUGAUGGAUUUGAACACAGCAACUGAAUUGGAUCCAACUCUUUCUUUUCCAUACAAGUACAGGGCUGUUUUGUUGGUGCAGGAGAACAGAUUGGGAGCAGCAAUCUCAGAACUCAACAAAAUAAUUGGUUUCAAGGUCUCUUCUGAUUGCCUUGAAUUACGAGCUUGGAUUUCAAUUGCUUUGGAGGAUUAUGAAAGUGCUCUCAGAGACGUCCGGGCACUCUUGACUUUGGAGCCAAAUUACAUGAUGUUUAAUGGGAAAAUGCACGGGGAUCGCUUGGUAGAACUUCUUCAUCCUCUUGUCCAGCAGUGGAGUCAGGCUGAUUGCUGGAUGCAACUUUAUGAUAGGUGGUCCUCCGUUGAUGAUAUAGGCUCCUUAGCUGUUGUACACCAUAUGCUGGCAAAUGACCCAGGGAAGAGCCUCCUACGUUUUCGGCAAUCUCUUCUACUUUUACGGUUAAAUUGUCAAAAGGCUGCCAUGCGUAGUUUGCGGUUGGCUAGAAAUUUUUCUGCUUCUGAGCAUGAAAGGCUUGUUUAUGAAGGAUGGAUUCUGUAUGACACUGGCCAUCGAGAAGAAGCCCUUGCUAAGGCUGAGGAGUCCAUUUCGAUUCAGAGAUCAUUUGAAGCUUUUUUCCUUAAGGCAUAUGCUUUGGCAGAUUCUAGUCUUGAUUCUGAGUCAUCAAUGUAUGUUAUUGAACUUCUGGAGGAAGCUCUUAGGUGCCCUUCAGAUGGCCUCAGGAAAGGACAAGCCCUCAAUAAUCUAGGGAGCGUCUAUGUUGAUUGUGAUAAGCUGGAUCUUGCUGCCGACUGUUACAUGAAUGCACUCAAUAUCAAACAUACAAGAGCACAUCAAGGUCUGGCACGUGUAUAUCAUCUCAAAAAUCAACGCAAAGCUGCAUAUGAUGAGAUGACAAAACUGAUAGAAAAAGCCAGGAAUAAUGCAUCUGCUUAUGAGAAGCGUUCUGAGUACUGUGAUCGUGACAUGGCAAAGAGUGAUCUUAGUAUGGCAACCCUGCUUGAUCCCUUGAGAACAUACCCUUACAGAUACAGGGCAGCAGUUUUAAUGGAUGACCACAAAGAAGCUGAGGCCAUAGCAGAGCUGUCAAAGGCCAUAGUUUUCAAGCCAGAUUUGCAGUUGCUACAUCUUCGUGCUGCAUUUUAUGACUCAAUGGGUGAUAAUAUCUCCACCCUACGAGAUUGUGAAGCUGCCCUUUGUCUUGAUUCAGGUCAUAUCGAUACAAUUGAACUCUAUGAUAAAGCAUUGAAGCGGGCUGAUGAACAAAAAUGAGAAUAAAAAACCAUAUUGGCAUUAUAUCUGCAUUAUCUGGGCAAUAGCAUAGUUGACAAAUCUCUUUUUCUUUUGGUACAAGAAAGGCCAGUGUUUGUCUGGGCAUUGUAUCUUUUUGGAUUCUCUCUCAAGGAACAUUGAGAUGCAAACGUGCCAGGGCAUUCUAUAGGAAAGGAAAGAGCAAUUUGGAUUGGAAAAAAGGAAAAGGAAAAUUAGAGAGUGAGAUAAGCAUGUAAAUAUAUUUAUUCUAUAAUAUAUUAUGGGAUCAAUGUAUGAUGUUAGUGCUGCAGACUGCUUCUGCUGCUGCUCCCCAACAUUUCACUUAAGAUUGUAAUAGUACCACAGUCAAAAGAAACAUUUACAUGAAAUGGCAGCUUGUGAUGAAGUCUGUCGCUUUUUGAGGUUCACAGAUCUUUUUUCCUCUCUUCGUUUUUCUUUAAUUUUUGCUAAGUGGUUUACAAUGUAUUGUAACUUCUCUGAUACUGUUCUUUGUUUUGAUUUAUGAGCUUCACAAUUUUCCUACA